AUGGCGAUGAUGAAUGUUGAAAUAAUCUCAAAGGAAAUGAUUAAACCAUCAUCUCCAACACCCAAUCACCUUCGAACCCACAAACGUUCCUUCCCAGACCAACUUGCACCCACCACUUAUAUUCCUAUCAUCCUUUUUUAUCAAUCCAACAAUGCCCAUGACGGCGUCGUUGAUCAUCAUCAACUCCAAAAAUCUUGUCGCCUUAAAAAGUCCCUUCAACAAACCCUCAACCGCUUCUACCCUUUGGCUGGAACCCUCAAAGAAGACCACUCCAUCGACUGCAACGAUGAGGGGGUCGAGUUUUAUGAAGCUCGAGUUGCGUGCAAGUUAUCACAAAUUCUCCAACACUUCAACAUGGAAAUCUUGAACCAGUUUCUGCCAUUUGAACCACAUGGAACCCACGAUGUUCUCUUAGCUGUCAAAUAUAAUAUCUUUGAAUGUGGCGGAGUUGCCGUUGGUGUGUGUGUUUCGCACAGGAUAGCUGAUGGAGCAUCAGCCACAACAUUUCUUGGCGCCUGGAGCGCCACAUCCCGUGGAGAUGACGAUGUCUGUCCAAAAUUUGAUGCGGCCACGUACUUCCCACCGAAAGAUAUAUCUUGGGGGAAGGGAGACAUUGGGGUGACCAAAGAGAAGAUUGUAACAAGAAGACUGGUGUUCGACAAAUCAAGCAUAGCUGCUCUGAAAGAAAAUGCUUCCUCAACGCGCGUUUUGGCCGUUUCAGCGUUCAUAUGGAAACGUCUGAUGGCGAUAUCCAAAUCCAAACCUGCACCAGCGAGAGUGCACGCACUACAAAAAAAAUGA